CCUGUUUGUCUCUGUGUUGCCUUUAGGGUUGCCUCCUGAACGUUUUCUGAGUCAAGAUAACUUUCGCAGUUUGUUGACUGCACUCAUUUAAUCUAGUUGUUAAGAACAGUAUUAAUAUUUUUUUGCGUAUCGUAGGCUACUAGAAAAAUGCAUUCCGGGACAUUGGAAAGAGCUGGGUCACCGAGGAAAAGGACGCUUUCUCGGGGAGUGAGCGAGGAUGAGUCACUUCGCAACAUUAUCAAGGAGACGGAGAGUUCGACCAGGCGUCUGACGCACAGUGACAGCAGAGGGGGGACCCUCAAGAGGAGAAGUGGGAGUCAGCAGUCUGAGGAAGAUCAGGAACUGAUGGAACUCCCUGAGAUGAAUGACCUGCAGGCGAGCUACGACGAUGUGUUGCAGGAGCUGCGUGGGCUGGAGCUGCAGCGGGAGACUCUGUUGUUCCAGGUGGACGUUCUGCAGGACGCCCUGGAGGGGGCCGAGGAGAUGCUGGCCGAGGCCCAGAGAGAGGCCAGCCACGCCACCAUGGAGUUGGAGCGAGAGAAAGAGGCUAAGAGGAAGUUGGAGGACAUUGUCAGUUCUCUGAUGCAGGAGGUGGAGAGGCUAAAAGAGGAGAGGAACACCAUAUCAGCAGUCCCAGUGUACACACUUGUCAAGGAGCAGGAGAGGGAAGAUGAGAUGGCUAGACAACAAGCCCAAGAGAUGAAAAUCAAAAAGGAAGCACAGGAACAAAUCAGGGAUGCACCAAGGGAUGAGGACAAUUCUCGCCAAGAUGCGCCUCUCUCUAUUAUCCGAUUGGACAGUGAGAGCCUCGGGCCCAACAACGGGCUAUCAUCUGAGACCAGCACUGGGGGGCUGCUCGCUUCCUUCUUCAAAAAGGGGAGGAGGGAGCAGCCUUCUGACAGUCCGACCCGGCCCUCUCCUCUCCACGUUGCCCGGCUGGUGUCCUCUGAGGACGUAGCAGAUGGGGCACAGGACAGCUUCACCAAGUUCACAAAGAUAGUCAACAAGACCUUUGGGCCGUUGGCACUCGGUAGCCAGACCCCCGGGAGCAAUCAGGAGGAGAACGGGCGUGACCUCUCCCCCGACAGGAACAAUGACACAGACAGCAUCAGCGCCUACGAAGACGCCUGCGCUGACAUGCCUGAGCUGGAAGAGGGUGACGGGCCAAGGCUGCCCCAUGAUGAAGGAUCCCCAGUAGAUGAUGAGGGUGAUCCGUCGAAUGGCAACGAACUCAAGAGCAUCAAAAACCCCAAUGAAUCUUGCAUUCUGUCGUAAGAGCUGCAGAACUGUUGUGCUACGAAGGAUCAAAUCUUCUCUGAGAUCACUGCUCUCGCUCCGUCGCUUUUAUUCGAAGCGACUUACGUGCAUCCUUUUUAUUAUUACGUCUUAUGUUCUUGGACCUUGGUCCAUUUACACCUAUAGAAGGGUAGAGUCAAUAUUGCGAGUUGUCGCAAUGCUACCAGGCAGGGUGGAAUUCCAGUCAUGUCUACAGACAACUCUAAAGCCAAUCUCUCUCCCUCAGCAUGUUUGGCACGACUUGCAAGGUUGCACUUAGGUGCCCCCCCCCCCCCCUGCUGUUCGGGACAAAAGGCAAAUGACCUCCCUCUGUUUCUUAGUGACUGAUAAUCACACAAGACUGUUUGCGUACACUGAACGAUCAGAUAUGUCAGACCUCUUGCAUUCUAAACAGGCAAACUAUGUGAUUUGUAGAUUAAGACGAUUAUAGUUGUUUUUAUGCUCUUAUAAGUUUAGACGCUGGCAAGAUUGUAAUCACAAUAGCAGGCAGCCAAGGAGCUAGCUACUAUAUAUUUGAAUAAUUCCAUUUAUGGGUAUAAAACCAUAAUGUUUUCACUGCCUCACUGGCCUUCACAUGGACAUUUAAUUUGAUCUACAAGAAGGACUUGGUGCCUUUCCUGGCUCACCUUAAUGCAUUUUAUGAAUAUGGAAGAUUAACUUGAAAGAUGUAAUACAUUUACUGAAUUUAAUCUAGCUUUAGUACGAUACUAGCAUGAUUGAAAAAGUAACGACAUUCCAUUUAAUAGUAAAACUUUAAGGAUACCUGAUAAUAAUGUAUAUGUACAGUAACAGUACUGCAUGCUACUUGUCAGGUCAUGUUUGCACAGUUGCAGUGAAACUACUGAAUUGGUAGACCUUACAUGUUAUUUUGUAUCUGGCAUUGCUGGACAAUGUAUCUUUUGUUUUUCUUCUCUCUACCCAUAACCAUUAACACAAUCUGAGGAUAAUCUUUUGACUUGGAAAGAGUUACAUAAACAUAGCUACCUAUUAAUCUUCUUAGGAGAUUGUUGCAUAGUCCCAAAGGCACCUUGUUCCCUUUUUAGUGCAUGACUUUUGACCAGGGCAAUAUAAACGGAAUAGGGUGUAAUUUGGGACGCAUCCUUUAUCAACAUUCCUGUCCAUGUUUGACACUAGCGAGGUCAAAUGGAAUGGAUCUGUUUUCCAAUCCUUACCUUGUUGAACAUUUUCAACAGAUACUGCGUUUGAAAUGAACUUGGGGGCAAAACUUACAAUGCCUUCAACACUAGGUUUUGUGUGUUAGACUUUGUGUAUCUCAAGUCAGAAUGCAGCUCUUAGUAGUAGGGGUUAAAUGGAUGUCAAGUUCGAAAGCACACUGAAACACACUGAAAUAAUUCCUAAAUUUGAUACUUGUGAUUUGUGUUUUCUAUGCUGUUUCUAUUGCCUGAAUUUCUGUUUCUGCGGGAGAUAGUCUUCAGAAAGUAUUCACACACCUUGACUUUUUCCACAUUUGUUGUUACAAAGUGGAAUGGAUUUAAUUGUCAUUUAUGUUAACGAUCUACACAAAAU